AUGCAAUUCCGCUCCGUUAUCGCCCUUGUGGCUUUCGCUACUGCCGUCACCGCUGCUCCCUGUGACAGCUGUGAUGGUGGCAACUCUGGCGACUCUGGUGACUCUGGCAAGUGCAGCCCUAACCAAGAACUGAAGUGCUGCACCGGUCUCACCCAAGGCCUGAACCUCGGCAUCCUGCCGGCCCUGUGUCUUCGGACUCCUGAACUGUCUCACCAUCCAGCUCUAAGUUCAUCGCAUUUCACCACCGCGAGUAACGAUACACGGGCGAUGUCCGGUGGGGGAGUGAUGCGCGACUCGGUAAAUGGAUAUGUCUUACUACGGUUGGGCGGUGACAGUCUUCUUCCAGCAUCUAGGUGUACACGGAUUGUCCUAGGUCCGAGGUGUGGAAAUUGA